AUGAGAGCCGGUUCACACAUGCCCAAAUCGAGGAUGGCAGCAAGGGGCAUGAGCUGUGCAAGUACCGCGGACACUCAGAUGCGCACCCUUCCCUACGAGACAUAUCGCGAGGACAAGAAGCGUCCGCUUCAUCCGCGCCGCGCCGGUGCAUUUGAUGUGCUACACAACGACGAGUGGUAUGAGAUCUUUGGAAGCGCUGCCCAAAGCACGAGGCAGACUCGCUUCUUGAUCGAUUAUCGCAGAUAUAUUGUGUACGAGCCAGAGAAGCGACCUUCAGCCGCUGAGCUACUAGACCAUCCAUGA